AUUUAGACUGAGGAGGAGCCUCAGUGAGCCUCUGUGGAACCACCGCUGUGCUCAGCUCAGCGCGCUCACUCUUCUCUCUCCAUGACUGCUGACAUGAAGUUUGCCCGCCUGUUGGUUGUCUUUUUACUCUACUUACCUGUCCAGAGAAGUGAUGGAAGGUCUCACCCCAAGCCGUCCUGUCCCUACCCUCCCUCACAGUGGUGUCGCUCCCUGGAAAUUGCAAUAGAAUGCAAGGUUCAGAAGCAGUGUAUGGAGCUGAAUGCCACCAAGCCCCUCUCAGCUGCUCCUCCAGUCGAGGUCACUCUGUAUUAUGAGAGUCUGUGUCCAGGCUGCAGGGCCUUCAUCACUCAGCAGCUCUUUCCCACCUGGACGAUGCUGCAAGACAUCAUGACUGUCAACCUGGUCCCCUAUGGCAAUGCUAAGGAACUUCCAUCAGCAAAUUCUCCUUUCACCUGUCAACAUGGAGAGCCUGAAUGCCAAGGCAACAUGAUUGAGGCUUGCAUUAUCCAUUUAGCCGGCCACUCCGCGUUUCAAGUCGUCUACUGCAUGGAAUCAUCAGCCAAUGUCCUCAACGCUGCCCAGCCUUGUCUCCAGCUGUAUGCCCCCGCCGUGUCGUGGUCCAGCGUCGACUCCUGUGUGAAAGGAGAGAUGGGCUUCAAGCUGAUGCACAACAACGCCAUCAUGACCAGAGCUCUGAGUCCUGCGCACACCCACGUCCCCUGGGUCACCUUCAAUGGGGAAUACACCGACGAAAAUCAGGACAGGGCCAUGUCAUCACUCUUCCACUUGGUGUGCCAGCUCUACAAGGGUGGGAAGCCCCCUGCCUGCACCGGAGCCCUGGUCAAACUGGACAGGAGCGUAUGCUGAACCCCACAACCUUUCCAUUCCCUGCCUGGAGGUUCUGAAGAAACACAGGAUUAUGUAAAGCUUAGAGGAUGUCAACUAACAGUUUGUACAAUCAUUAAAGUGCCGACUAACUUA